GCCUCCUCUUACAGACUGAUAUCAGUCGGUCUCACUCACAGUCAUUAUGUUCAGUGUUCAUUAUCAGUGUGCCAGAAAUUAGUUCUCAGGACCUUCAUAGCCUUCGAUUCUCUGGGAUUAACCUAUCUUCACAGGAUGCUUCUAAUCAAGAUAUUCCUCCUUGUUGUGUUCACAUUACAAACGCAUUCUGAACGAGACCCGAACUGGGCAAGAGGGGGGCCAUGGGGUCCCCCCGCCCCCGGCAACAUGUACUGGGACUCCAAAAACACCCUGGGCAAUGACCGAGGAGGAGGAGGAGGCGAUGGAGGAGGAGGAGGUGGAGCAGUGGGAGGAGGACUGAUAGGGGUGGUAGAUGGACACGGUGGAGGAGGAGGAGGCUGGGAUGAACAGGGGGGUCAGGGGGGCCCUGGCUGUAGUCGGUGUACAGUUCUUCACGACGCUGGAGCGCCUAAUCUUUCCGAUGGAGGAUUUGGAAACAGUGCGGCGGGUCCACCAGGGGGUCCCCCGGGGGGCGGGGGGCCUUCCAGCAUCCCCCAGUACCCCCCCGGCUACAGGGGCAACGGCUACGACAAUUUCAGCCCCGAGUGGAAGUUGCGCGAAGUCUUACAACAGCAGGGGGCAGGCACGGCUCCCCUCACACAGGUGGCGGCUGGCGGCUGGAAGAAGGACCACCACCUGGCGGGGGCGGGUGCCGGGGGCGGAGGCGGAAGUGGAGGCGGCACGUGGUCAGGCACCAUCCGCCCCAUUGAGCCCAACUACCGGAGACCCAACAGCUUUCCUUGGCCGCCUUCCUCAUCGCACGGUGGUCCUUGGGGUCCUGACACAAUCCCCUCAGGUUGGGGCAGCAGAGGCCCCGGCCCCAGAAAACUGGACGAGACCUUCCGAGUGAGCAGCGGCGUAAUAGGCGGAGGCGGUGGACCGCCUUCGGGAGGCGCGGGUGGCAACUGGGUGGCGGGGGCGAGCGGCUACAAGGGGGGGCCCAUGGGAGCCGGAUACCAGGGGGGCGGCCACGGGGGCUACGACGAGUACGGGGGCAACAAAGUUCAGGGACAGACCAUGAAUGUGCACAGUGGUUUCAGACAUUGGGCACCAUCUGGAGGCGGUUGUCAGCCUCCGACUGAACCGCCUCCGAUGAGGGGUGGUCAGCCGCCUUCCGGAGGCUGUGGAGGCGGUCCGGCCGGAGUGCCCGGUAUGGAUGGUUGGGGAUCGGGGGCGGGAUAUGCGACAAACUGGGACCAUGGACGUCCUGUGGAGCCUAGGCCGAUGGAACCGUAUGCGCCCAGAGAACCGAACAUAAACAACCCAUCCAACACAGACCCUCGCUGGAUGACGAGGGGUCCAUCAUGGGGCUUCCGCGACCCCCCGUUCGGCGCCGACUCCAGGGAACCCGGCUUCAACCCCUCCAACCAGAACUGGAACAAAGUGUCCGGUCCGUCACUGACGGUCAGCAGCGGCUACCCUGAACCACCCUCCCGGCCUCCGGCUCAGAAAGACCCCCAAUCCUGGGGCUACGGCAGUUCAGGGGCGCCCUGGCCUUCGCGGGGACCCCCGCCCCAAAAGUACCCGGCGUCGUUUGCACAGAAAGACCAGUCGUUCGGCGGAUCGGCGCGCCGACCUGGGUUCGGAUGCCGCGACCUGGGUUGUGGCGGAGGAGGAGGAGGAGGUGUGCCUGCUCAGCAGCCUUGGGGAGGAGGAGGAGGAGGUGGUGGAGGGGGAUGGGCUGCCUCCGGUCCAACUGCUCCCAGCUCAAAUCGGCAACCGCCUUACUGGGGAGAUAAGCAACCGCCACCCGGAGCUCCCAGUGGAUUCAAACCAGGAUAUGGAGGCCAAGGAGGAGGAGGAGGAGGAGGAUAUCCAGCUCAAGAUCAAGGCGGCUACAUGCAGCAAGGAUAUCCAGCUCAAAGCCAAGGCUACCCAGGACAGGGUAUCCUGCACAAGGACCUCCCCAGGCGUACCCACCACAGGGAGCAUAUCCUUCAGGAGGUGGAGGAUACGAUGCGCCACCAAAUGGAGCGAGUGGCUACCAGGGCGGACCAGGAGCAAGUGGUUAUCAGCAGGCAGGGGGAGGUGGACCAGGUGUGA